AAAAAUUCCACGCAUUCAAAUUGGACCUCGCCUGUAUGUCUGUCACAGGCACUAGCGACGGAAUGUCACAGCGCUCCUAUAGCUAAAAACCCGCACCUGCGCGAUAUACGCCAUAGCGGAGCCCUGCAACACAGCCAAACGGGAUCAAAUGUCUGUGAUGCCCGCACGGGGGGUAUGCCCUGCGAAGGAUAUAAAAUCCGCGCCGGACACACGGAAUGCUUCUGCUUCUUCCUGCCUGCCUCGUGCUCCUCCCGUGCCUGCGCCCCCAUGACUUCUCCUGACGCAUUACUGGAAGGCGGCAUCCACAAGAAGCGCACGGCGGUGAAGCUCGGCGGCACGGCGCUGCUCUACCUCAGCUUCCAGACGCUCGGGAUCAUCUACUCCGACAUCGGCACGUCGCCGCUGUACGUGCUCAACGGCAUCUGGCCUGCGGCGGGCUCGGUGCCGGCUCCCGAGGACGUCGUCGGCGGCAUCAGCGCGAUCAUCUGGGCCCUAACGCUGCUUCCGCUGAUCAAAUACGUGUUCAUCAGUCUGUUCUUUGGCACCGGCGAAGGCGAGGGAGGCCCGUACGCUCUCUACCAGGGGCUCUAUCCCCCCGAGACCCCGGACGGGGACAUGGACCGGACGCUCACGGGCGACAGCUACAAGACUGCCGCCCCCAAGUCGAGCAUGAGCGAGAAACUGCGCCUGCCGCUCCUGGCCUGGUGUCUAUUUGGAACUGCCCUGACCAUGGCUGACGGUGUUUUCACCCCCGCUGUUAGUGUUACCAGUGCAGUCGGUGGGAUCGCCGUCGCAAAGGCCUCUGUUUCCCAGCAAAUUGUUCCCAUCUCCAUCGCUCUGCUCGUCGCUAUCUUCCUUUCGCAACGUUUCGGGACCGGUGGACUUGCGCCGUUCUUCGCGCCAAUUGCGCUUGUAUGGUUCCUGCUACUGGCCGGGACUGGUAUCUACAACAUCACCUUCCACCCGGCCAUCUUCCGUGCGUUUGAUCCUUCGCGUGCGGUUAUGCUCUUUGUGCGGACCGGCAACUACGACAUACUGGCGGGUGUGCUGCUUGCUGUGACGGGAUGCGAGGCUGUCUUUGCCAACUUGGGUCAAUUCAACGCUGCGUCCAUCCGCAUUUCGUUCAGCUUGUUCGUCUAUCCGGCUCUGGUGCUCGCGUAUCUGGGACAGGGCGCUCGUCUGAUCGACGAUGGUGAAGCUGUAUUGAGCAACAUCUUCUACAACACAAUCCCGGGACCUGCGAAUGGCCCAUUGUUCUGGAUCGUGUUUGUGUUUGCGAUCCUUGCGACGAUCAUCGCCUCUCAGGCGAUGAUUACGGCCACGUUCAGUCUGACGCAGCAGCUGGUGAACAUGAAAGCGCUUCCGCCGCUCAAGUUGUCGUACACAUCCGACACGAUCCAAGGCCAAGUGUACGUUCCCACGGUCAACUGGAUCCUGAUGAUCAUCACCAUCGUCGUCGUCGCUGUCUUCUCCAACCUGGCGAACAUGACCAAUGCGUACGGGUUUGCGGUCGCGACUGUCAUGUUUUCAACGACGCUUCUGUUGACGAUGCACAUGCACUGGGUCAAGCACUGGCCCGUCGUCAUUGUCAUUGGGUACUUCCUGGUCUGGGGCUUCCUCGACGGGCUUUUCUGGGGUGCCUCGCUGAAGAAGGUGCCACUGGGCGCCUGGGUUCCGCUCAUGAUCGGUGUCAUUCUUAUGGCGAUCAUGUCGUUCUGGACGUGGGCCAAAGGCCUCGAGGACAGAUUCGACGGCGAGCACCGCACGAACCUCCGCCAUGUCAUCUACGCCAACGCUGUCGAGGAAGUCGUCGAAGACGAGCAGGACGUUCUGACCGCCGAGUCCAAGUCCGAGCUGAACUAUAUGCUCGAGAACGAGAAGGGGGAGGAGAAGCAGCCGCUUGUGCGCCUGCAGACGUGUGCUGUGUUCCACAAGAUCACGCGAGGCAAGGGUGUGCCACAUACUUUCGUUGGCUUCAUCCGACAAUGGCCUGCUCUGCCGCGCGUUGUUAUCUUUCUCACCGUGUCAGUCGUGCCUCUCCCCCGCGUACCCGAGUCCGAGCGCUACGCCGUGACGAAAGUGCGCACGGUCGAGGGUUUCUAUGGUGUCACAGCCUACCUCGGCUUCCGGGAAGAGCUGGACAUGAACUCUGAUGCCUUGAUCGAGCAAAUCUGUACCCUGGAGUUGCAGCUCGACCCGAAGGACGGGGCGGCCAAAGUCGCCCAGAUCCGGGCCGUAUCCCGCUCAACAACGCACAUCGCACCGCACUACCAUGUCGUCAGCAGGCACGUCGACGCGGGCGUCUUGUCCUUCCCCAUCAACUGGCUGCGGAAAUACCUCAUCGAGGACAUCUACCGCCGUUUGGCGGUUAUGUUCCCCGAGAGCGGGAACUGGCGGUCUGCUGAGGAAAUCAUCCGUGUCGGGAUCAAUGCUGAGAUUUAAGGCGGCGCACACCCAUUUGGGCGGUCUGUUCUGUUGGAGCUAUUGGAUUAGAAAUGUAUACCAGUCAUAUCAACACAUGUACUGUACGUAAGUAGUGGUUGGUUAUAAGGUGACAGAUUAGAUCGAUAGAUGGUGGUGGCCCG